AUGAUUUUACUAGAUGAAAAUAUGCAACCCCUCGUAACGGAAAGUUUUAUUGAGGAAAAUGAUAUCAGUAUUAUAAGUUCCACAGAGUUAAAUCAAUUAUUAUUAGGUCCACCUAAAAACUUGGAAGAUAUUAUUGCAACAACUAAACAACAUGUCAGUGGAGACAUUCCAGAAAUCCAGCCAGAAAAUAUCACUCCAAUGCCUGUGACGACAGUUCGUAGUUAUAUGGAAACUGAAAGAAAUGCGCAAGAAGAAGUACAGAAUAAAUUAGGGAUUUCAGGAAAUGAGCAGGAAAAUAUAAUUCAAAUGGUUACAGAAGAGAAUGAUGUAGAAGUCCAAAGCAGUGAACAGAACAAUAUACAAAUUAUUGUAGGACCGAAUGAUAUUGAACACGUUACGCCAAAUCCUAGAAAUAAAGCGGAGAAAAAGUUGAGUUCUAAAGAAAAUGAAAUUUCGAUCGAUAAUUAUACGGAGUUGGAUAAAAGUUUCACAAAAAAGGGUGAAAUCAGAAAAAGAAAAAAAAGCGUAAUUAAGGACUUGAAUAUUUCAUUUGCAAAAUUGGGGCAUGAAGAAUGCGAAAAAUGCGAGGUAUUUUUGUUGCACGAUGUUGCUCAUUCCAAAGAAAAUGCUACAACUAAUAAUGACUGUCCUACCUGCUGUCAGUGGCUACAGCACAUAAAAAAAGCUGAAGAAUCCAGGGAAGAAUACAGGCGCGAUAAGCAGAAAACCGACGACGAAGACACUAUGCACUAUUGCACUGAUAUGCAAAAG